AAGAGCUUUUAGCACAACACAGUGCCAAAACGAAUGUAACAGGCUAACAGCGGCUGUUUCCGUUUUCUGUUUCCAAAAUGUCAACGUUGUACAACACUCUGAGGAACACAAGAAACACAAUUGCUCCUCGCACACGUGCCUUUGCUUCUCAAACGAAAACCAACGACACACCAACACAGUUACUCUACCAAUUGAACAAAAAGAUAUCUCAUUUGAUUCGAACCGGUAGACUAACCGACGCGAGGGCAUUGUUUGAUUCUAUUGAUCACCGAAACACAGUAACUUGGAACUCCAUGAUCACUGGAUAUGUUCAACGGAGAGAGAUAGCUAAGGCACGCCAAUUGUUUGAUGAAAUGCCUCACAAGGAUACUGUGUCUUGGAACCUAAUUAUAUCUGGUUACUUUUCUUGUCGUGGAAGCCGGUUUGUUGAAGAGGGGAGAAAGCUGUUUGAUCAAAUGCCUCAAAGGGAUUUUGUUUCUUGGAACACUGUCAUCAGUGGCUAUGCUAAGAAUGGAAGAAUGGAUCAAGCUCUUGAGGUUUUUAAGUCGAUGCCACAACGGAAUGUUGUGUCUUGCAAUGCUAUGAUAACUGGGUUUUUGUUGAACGGUGAUGUGGAUUCGGCGGUUGGAUUUUUUAGGAGUAUGACAGAGCGUGACUCUGCUUCUCUUAGUGGGCUUAUAUCUGGACUUGUUAGGAAUGGUGAGUUGAAUAUGGCUGCUGGGAUUUUGACUGAGUAUGGGAAUGAGGGUGAUGAGAAAGAUGAUUUGGUGUAUGCUUAUAAUGUCCUGAUUGCAGGGUAUGGCCAGAGAGGAAUGGUUGAUGAGGCACGGCGUCUUUUUGAUGGGGUUAUGUCUGGUCAAGGGAGAUUUAGGAGAAAUGUGGUAUCGUGGAAUUCGAUGAUGAUGUGUUACGUGAAAGCAGGAGAUGUUGUCUCUGCUAGGGAGCUCUUUGAUAGGAUGUUGGAGCGGGAUGCUUGUUCUUGGAACACCAUGAUCAGUGGUUAUGUUCAAAUAUGUAAUAUGGAAGAGGCUUCAAAGCUUUUCUCGCUAAUGCCGAGUCCUGAUGAACUUUCAUGGAAUUCAAUAAUAUCCGGGUUUGCGCAAAUUGGUGAUUUGACACAUGUGAAAGAGUUCUUUGAGAAGAUGCCCCGUAAAAACCUGAUCUCGUGGAACUCGGUAAUAGCUGGUUAUGAGAAAAAUGAAGAGUAUAAGGAUGCUAUUGAGCUAUUUUCUCAGAUGCAGCUUGAAGGAGAGAGACCAGACAGGCACACUUUGUCGUCAGUUCUCAGUGCGUCUACUGGGUUGGUGGAUCUUUACCUCGGUAGACAGAUACAUCAGUUUAUCACAAAGACUGUUAUUCCUGAUUUGCCAAUAAAUAAUUCCCUCAUAACCAUGUACUCAAGAUGUGGGACAAUUGGUGAUGCACGCACUGUGUUUAAUGAAAUGAAACUUUAUAAAGAUGUGAUAACAUGGAAUGCAAUGAUUGGAGGUUACGCUUUUCACGGUUUUGCUGCGCAGGCUCUAGAGCUUUUCGAACUGAUGAAGAGGCUUAAAACUCAACCUACAUAUAUAACUUUUAUUUCAGUUUUGAAUGCAUGUGCGCAUGCAGGAUUAGUUGAAGAAGGGAAGAGGCAAUUCAAUUCCAUGAUUAGUGACUAUGGUAUUGAACCCCGGGUUGAACACUUUGCCUCCCUUGUGGACAUUUUGGGGCGGCAGGGACAGCUUCAAGAGGCUAUGGAUUUGAUUGAUAGCAUGCCAAUGAAACCGGAUAAGGCAGUGUGGGGUGCGCUUCUAGGUGCUUGUAGAGUGCAUAAUAAUGUAGAAUUAGCCCAAGUAGCAGCUAAAGCAUUGAUCCGUCUUGAACCAGAAAGUUCAGCUCCUUAUGCAUUGUUAUUUAAUAUAUAUGCUGAUUUAGGGCAGUGGGAUGAUGCUGAGAGAGUGAGAGCAUUGAUGGAAGAAAAUAAUGUCAAGAAGCAAGCAGGAUAUAGUUGGGUAGAUUCUAACAAUUGUUAAAUGAUAGUUUUUCCAUUUUUAAAAAACUUCAAUCAUCAAUCAGCAAAGCACGUUAGAUCACGCUAUUGUUAGAAAUGCUUCUAUUCAACUUAGCUAAGUUGAUAUGGUCAGAUGGGAAAAUUGAUCUUGACUGAUUUAGUUGAUAAUGACAUAAAUGUUAAUUUGACAUGGAAGAAUAGUAUGUCUUCUGGCAAAAAUUUGGAGAUCUUGCCAGUGUCAGCAGCAGCGAGAGACUGCAACCUUGGAUGGCUGCAAGAUUGACAAAAGAAAAAGAGCAAUGUGCUGCAGGUUUCUGGUGAAAACUUGUGAACAAAGCAGGAAAGGGGGAAAGUGCAAUCUUUCCAUCAUUUGCACAUCCUUAUGGAUUUCAAGAAGAGAUACAAUUGAGAGCUUCUGCUUGGUUUCCAAACAGUCAAGCAAAUUGGUGUGGAUUGCAGCAAUGGAAUAUAUUGCAGAAUUUUAGAUGCCUGUACGUUUAAUAUUUUUGGUUCUGAUUAUUAGUUGUAAGGAACACAUAUAUUUAGAUUAUUUAUUGGUUUUGGUUAUUGAUGUAAAGGCCUACUACAACAUAAUAAUGUAUUUAUGACCUGGUACUCACAUAAUAAGCUAGCUAUGGUGAAUGGAUUUGGCAUGCUAAAGCAGCUUCUGCUUUCCACCUUAUAGAAUCUAA